UCACUCCCCCAGUUAAAGUCAUUUAAGGUGGUCCAGGAUGAGGGAACUAGUGAUGGGGCGAGGAGUGGGGGGCACAUCACCAAGGUUGUCUGCAUUUGAAAUAACGCCAUUUUGGUUGAGAGGUUUGCUGUAUUUUACCCUCUAAUCUCACGUUUCGAUCAUUUCUCAAUGUCUAAGUAAUAGAUCCUCCCUCUUGGCAGUACACCAUUAAGCAGGCAUGGGGAAAAUCUCCUUUCAGGGUUCAGAUGGUGGCAUUAUCCCUAAGGGCUGGUGGUAGGGACGGUAUGUGCUGGGUAGACAGAGAGAAGGUCAGGUUGGCAUCUGCCGGGUUAGCCAGGCGCUCUGAAACUCUUUUCAGAGAGGACAGGGUUAAAAGCCAAGUCCGACUUUGCCUCUUGGAAAUCGCUGGGUAGCAGCCGCGCCUCCCAAGCAUUCUUUAAACCAGAAAAGUGGGAGGGACUCCGGGAGAGAGGGAGGGAAUGAGGCAGGGAGAGAAAGAGGGCUCCAGGAGCGGAGCGCGCCAGAGCGCGAGGGACGGAGGGAGAGGAGGAGCGCGGGAGCUGCGGAGACGAUCCCGCGAAUUCAUUACUAUUGCAGAUUGAGCUUAACCAAGAAGUUCGUAGGCUAAUCAAGGCUGGCUUGACCUACAAAAGAAGAGAGUUCGACCUGCCCACUUGGGCUUGUGUUGACACGGCUGAUAACUUGCCAUCACCUGUUGCCAGUGUGGAAAAAUUCUCCCUGUUGAAUUUUUUGCACAUGGAGGACAGCAGCAAAGAGGGCAACACAGGCUGAUAAGACCCAAGACAGCAGGGAGAUUAUUUUACCAUACGCCUUCAGGACGUUCCCUCUAGCUAGAGUUCUGGACUUCCACAGAACCCGGUCCAGUCAUUUUGAUUUUGCUAUCUGUUUAUUUUUUUUUUCUUUUUCUUUUUCCCACUACAUUGUAUUUUAUUUCUGUACUUCAGAAAUGGGCCUACAGACCACAAAGUGGCCCAGCCAUGGGGCUUUUUUCCUGAAGUCUUGGCUUAUCAUUUCCCUGGGGCUCUACUCACAGGUGUCCAAACUCCUGGCCUGCCCUAGUGUGUGCCGCUGCGACAGGAACUUUGUCUACUGUAAUGAGCGAAGCUUGACCUCAGUGCCUCUUGGGAUCCCGGAGGGCGUAACCGUACUCUACCUCCACAACAACCAAAUUAAUAAUGCUGGAUUUCCUGCAGAACUGCACAAUGUACAGUCAGUGCACACGGUCUACCUGUAUGGCAACCAACUGGACGAAUUCCCCAUGAACCUUCCCAAGAAUGUCAGAGUUCUCCAUUUGCAGGAAAACAAUAUUCAGACCAUUUCACGGGCUGCUCUUGCCCAGCUCUUAAAGCUUGAAGAGCUGCACCUGGAUGACAACUCCAUAUCCACAGUGGGGGUGGAAGACGGGGCCUUCCGGGAGGCCAUUAGCCUCAAAUUGUUGUUUUUGUCUAAGAAUCACCUGAGCAGUGUGCCUGUGGGCCUUCCUGUGGACUUGCAAGAGCUGAGGGUGGAUGAAAAUCGAAUUGCUGUCAUAUCCGACAUGGCCUUCCAGAAUCUCACGAGCUUGGAGCGUCUUAUUGUGGACGGGAACCUCCUGACCAACAAGGGUAUCGCCGACGGCACCUUCAGCCAUCUCACCAAGCUCAAGGAAUUUUCAAUCGUCCGUAAUUCGCUGUCCCACCCUCCUCCCGAUCUGCCAGGUACACAUCUGAUCAGGCUCUAUUUGCAGGACAACCAGAUAAACCACAUUCCUUUGACAGCCUUCUCAAAUCUGCGUAAGCUGGAACGGCUGGAUAUAUCCAACAACCAACUGCGGAUGCUGACUCAAGGGGUGUUUGAUAAUCUCUCCAACCUGAAGCAGCUCACUGCGCGGAAUAACCCUUGGUUUUGUGACUGCAGUAUCAAAUGGGUCACGGAAUGGCUCAAAUACAUCCCUUCAUCUCUCAACGUGCGGGGUUUCAUGUGCCAAGGUCCUGAACAAGUCCGGGGGAUGGCCGUCAGGGAAUUAAAUAUGAAUCUUUUGUCCUGUCCCACCACCACCCCCGGCCUGCCUCUCUUCACCCCAGCCUCAAGUACAGCUUCUCCGACCACUCAGCCUCCCACCCUCUCUAUUCCAAACCCUAGCAGAAGCCACACGCCUCCAACUCCUACCACAUCGAAACUUCCCACGAUUCCUGACUGGGAUGGCAGAGAAAGAGUGACCCCACCUAUUUCUGAACGGAUCCAGCUCUCUAUCCAUUUUGUGAAUGAUACUUCCAUUCAAGUCAGCUGGCUCUCUCUCUUCACCGUGAUGGCAUACAAACUCACAUGGGUGAAAAUGGGCCACAGUUUAGUAGGGGGCAUCGUUCAGGAGCGCAUAGUCAGCGGUGAGAAGCAACACCUGAGCCUGGUUAACCUAGAGCCCCGAUCCACCUAUCGGAUUUGUUUAGUGCCACUGGAUGCUUUUAACUACCGCGCGGUAGAAGACACCAUUUGUUCAGAGGCCACCACUCACGCCUCCUAUCUGAACAACGGCAGCAACACAGCAUCCAGUCACGAGCAGACGACGUCCCACAGCAUGGGCUCCCCCUUUCUGCUGGCCGGCUUGAUCGGGGGCGCGGUGAUAUUUGUGCUCGUGGUCUUGCUCAGCGUCUUUUGCUGGCACAUGCACAAAAAGGGGCGCUACACCUCCCAGAAGUGGAAAUACAACCGGGGCCGGCGGAAAGAUGAUUAUUGCGAGGCAGGCACCAAGAAGGACAACUCCAUCCUGGAGAUGACAGAAACCAGUUUUCAGAUCGUCUCCUUAAAUAACGAUCAACUCCUUAAAGGAGAUUUCAGACUGCAGCCCAUUUACACCCCAAAUGGGGGCAUUAAUUACACAGACUGCCAUAUCCCCAACAACAUGCGAUACUGCAACAGCAGCGUGCCAGACCUAGAGCACUGCCAUACGUGACAGCUAGAGGCCCAGCGUUAUCAAGGCGGACAGUUAGACUCUUGAGAACACACUUGUGUGUGCACGUAAAGACACGCAGAUUACAUUUGAUAAAUGUUACACAGAUGCAUUUGUGCAUUUGAAUACUCUGUAAUUUAUACGGUGUACUAUAUAAUGGGAUUUUAAAAAAGUGCUAUCUUUUCUAUUUCAAGUUAAUUACAAACAGUUUUGUAACUCUUUGCUUUUUAAAACUUAAAAAAAAAUAGUUGCUGAAGUACUGUACAGGGUUGUACAAUGAGAACCCAAUGCCAAGGCAAAAAGAACGAGUGAUUCUUCCUUAGGAUACACAUCAACCACUUCGCUGUUGAAGCUGUCAGAAUAAAUUCCUGGUGGUCAGAUGAAAGGGCAGAUUAAAUGGACUCAUCAGGGUAAGAGGAAUAAUAUGGGUGAAACAAGAAAUGGCCCAGAGUUUCACACUAUUCCUAUACCUCCAGGUCUGGAAGACAGGUAAAAAAAUUCUAUAAUGUAAGAAUGGAGGUAGUUACCCUGAUUUGACCCAGUGCGGGAAAUGCUGAAAGCACCAGGAGGAAGCUAGUUCCCGUGAGAUAAGUUAACCCGGCCUGACAGAAUCAAGAAAAUUGAGAUGAGAUUUGAAAAGACCUGAAAAUGCAGGGGUUGGCUUUCCGACUGGGAACUUAAAAAUCACUCUUCAUGCUUCCCUGGUCCUAAGUGAUAACAGAGUUAGAGACUUGAGUCUGAUUUCAGUCAUCUUCAGGGACCGGUCUGAUGUUGUAGCAAGAAAACUCCCUUUAAAAGUGUUACUGUUCAAAUCGUAUGUCAGGUUGAAUCACAUUCAACAGAGAUAUAUUCUAGAAUAAUUUUUUAGAAGAGGCUAAUAAAAUUAAGGGAAGAAUUAUAUUGAAUGGAAUUAUUUUUGAUAAUGAGAAUUAUUUGGGUAGAUUCACUGAGGCUAUGUCAACAUGAUAUUUAGACCAACAGGUGAUCAAUGUUUUGAAAAUACAACAAUGACUUAUUUAAAAAUUACCCUUACUGCUAUUUAGACAAAAACAACUGGUCAGUGGUUCUGUUAUGUCAGCUGACUUUGUUAGUAUCAUGUUGAAAUAGCUUGAAGUAAUAUCUUUUAUCCCCUUGCAAAUUCUUGUCUUCCAAUCAUCUCCCAUAUAUUUUCAUAAUUAGUUGUUUAUAACACCUUCGUUUUUCUCCCUCUCCUCAGUAUUUCAAAGAAAAUUAUGGAUGCCAGUCUUGGCUGCACAAAAUAUCCAUAUGUACUUAUACAUUUUUAAAUGCAUACUAAUUUUCACUGCUAAUAAUUCUGUAAGGACACAUCAAAGCUGGCCAAAAUAAUUAAUUUUUAAAAAAGCGACACCUGGUUUCCACCUUGUACUGACUUUGAUCCUGUUCCACUUUUGAAAUUUUAUUUGUUCCUUUUCCGUCGUGGAUGUUCCUCUACUUUGGCAGUUGCGGAGGGAUCAUCAAUCUUCUGUUAGCAGGACAACGCAUGAAAAACAAACAAGUCAGAGAGUGAAGGCUUGUUCCCCUAAUCCUGGCAGAGCAGGGCAUAGAAAAGAGAGGGAUGUCCUUGCUUAAUUCUAGAUACUUUUGAGGCAACAUCUUCAUAAAACACAUAGUUUAAUCUUUGCCGUCCUUAGACAGAGAAGGGCUAUGGAUCACAUACAUUAUCAAAAACUACUCCCUUGGAAAAAAAAUCUUUUUAAAAUCAAAUUUAAACAUUUCACUCUGUGAUGCAUAUUUCUUUUACCACUGGCCAUUAUUAUAAGGACCCAUGAAGUAAAUGUCACCAUCAUCUUACUUGCUCUCUCUCUCUCAGCAAAAUAAAACUGUGAUGUGUCUUCUUUGUAAAGUUUAGGUAUAAAAUGCUAUGCAACUUUUUCUUUAUAGUAAGAGCUUUAUUUUCUUUAAUAAUAUAGCCCAACUUAUAUGUUUUAAUCUCCCUUCUCCCUCAGAAUAAGCAGAAAAUAUAACUGCAGCUGUAUGUUAGACACAAGAAUUGAAACUGUGCAGUCAGUAGAGCUGAACUUAGCUAUGAAUUAAUUUAAAUUAAUUCUAAAGUGACUCUGGUUUCCAUUUUAGUCUAUUAGCUAGAGGGUUUUGGCUGUUGCUUUUUUUAAAGUUAGGUCCACGCAGUGAAGGGAAAAGAGUGUGAAGGUGAUCAGUGUAGCACUAAGACAUCUAAAGUCAAGACAAUGACAUGGGGGCUUUGUGUACUUAGCUGGGUAAUUGCCUUCUACUGUCCUCUUCCCCUUGGCUGUGUAGAUAAAAUUGUGCGUUCAAAUGAUGGUACUUUGACUUUUGAGGGUUUUUAUUUCUGUUAUUCACCAAAUAAUCAUUCUCAUUUAUGUAUAUUGUGUGUUUAACCCCCAGUGGGAUUUCUGGCUGCUGACAUCGCUUUGGGCCAGGAAAAACAAGGAUGAAGAGGUUCCUGUCAUUUCUUAUGGAGUUCACAGAAUUAUUUGGGGCUUAAGUAGUACAAUGGAGACAGUCACGUGCAAUGCUUAAGGUGGUCUGACGGGGUCCCUUUUGCUGGAGGUGUUCCUGAAGAGAUUGAACCUAGUAACAGGCUUUAUUUUCAUCUUGUGUACAACAUGACAAAGACUGCUAAGAUUAAAAUCCGUCUCCCAUUUGUUGCAGCCUCACCUACACCAGGAUAGAAAGCACAUGAAGGAAUCUGUGAUGUCUAAUGUGUCUUAUGAAAAUAGCCAAACAACUGUCCCUUGCGUUUCUGCUUUGAUUGGCAUUUUUAGUCCUGGGAAUGUAUUUUUGCAGAAAUACCUGCUUUGUGUUUGGGCCUCUCUUGCUGUCAUUAUGAUGUAUUUUGAGAUGAUGAGUCAAGAGUCAAGGUUGAGAGUACAGGCCAAGACCAUGGAAAAAAAUCCAUGCUCGCUGGCCAAUAAAGAGCUUGAUGCUGCCUGGCCAAAUAAGGUGAUUCAGAUAGAAUCUGAUCCCGUUCAGAGCUCGGUAACUGUCACUGUACAGAAGAUAUUGAAAAGGAAGUGGCAUAGUCAUGAUCACAAGGAUAUAUUGACAGUUAUCUAUAGCCAGGGUAGUUGUUAAUACCUGCUUGUUUGGGGAGAUAUGUUUGAUUAUAGAGAGACUCUGGGCUACCCUCAAACACCAUCAGAAGCAAUUAGCAGCCCACGGCAUGGGACAAUCGCAGGCAGCUACGAGGAUUGUAUCCCCUGCCUAUUUUCCUUGUGUAUCAAAUGGAAAACAUUCUCCCCUGUGAGAAAGAAUGCAGUUUCUAAUUAUCUGGAUGUUCGUUGAAAACAUAUUAGACAUUGUCCCUGAGGUUACAAACAAAACCUAUAAUGUGACCUGUCUGGUAAAAAGUAUUAAUGAAGUAGUUCAUAUUACAACUUCAUUUUCUACUAGCACCUAUCAUAAUAGUCUUAGUCAUUUCACACAAAUCAGAACUUCCUUCCCCACCAGGGAGGACAACUUCAUGCUGUGAUCGAAGCAUCCAUUCAGAACAGGAGGCAAUAGUGUAGUCCACAGGGAAUGGAUGCUUCACUUGAUCGCCGGACCUCAGCUGCAGAGGCCAUCGCAGCUCUUGAAAAGUGAAGUGAUUAAUUUCCAUUGGCAUCUUUGCUUAUAGUAUUUUUCUCUAACCUAUAACAAGGAGACAUUACGUUUUACUUUAGAACAUGAGAAUAGCAGUUUUGCUCACGAUUUACCAUUCCAGCUGCAGGGGGAAGCAAAGCAGAAAGCAGUGCCCCAAACGGAAAAAAGAUACUUACACAGAACAAAACAGUUCUUGGUCUUUUUCUUGGUUUUGUCAAACCUUGCCUGAUGCUCUUUCUAAAGUCAAAAUACGAAUGCUAAGAAGGCAUAACCUACAUCCUUCUCUGAUUUCUUCAGCAGGAUCAAAAGACAGUUACCAGCAAUGGGGAAUGCUUGUCACUGUGGAGAAAGAGUUUUGUACAUGUCUGGUACCGUUGUUAUAACAAAUCAGAUUUUCUUACUAUAGUUUUUUGUUUUCUAGCGACACACCCACCGGAAGAGCACAAAGGAAGGCCAUCGCAACAAACAUUUUAAAAUUAAUAUCAAACAUGCACAUGCGUGGACACACACACACACACAUACACACACGGGGGCAUUUGUAAAGGUGUCCCUGGAAUGUAAGAUUUAUAACAGUUUAAGGCAAGGUGAAGGUAUUGCCAACUGUGUGUCCCUCAUAGGACUAGUGUAUAUUCACUGAAAGUUAACCUGAUGAUUUGUUAUUGUUUGAACCAUAUGCUGAUUUGCUUCUGGUUUCUGUUUAGUGUGUUCUCUCUGACAAGGGGCUGGAAGAUUCUGCAUCACACAUCCUCUGAGACCUACCAUGUCGCACACUUUGUUAAUGACAAACUUCACUCUACACUAUACAGUACCUUGUUGAUAUAUUCAGUAAAGUCUUAUUUUAAAAGAAAACCACAUUGUGUUUAUCUGAGUAAGUUCAUUGGGAUACAGUCAAUACUUGUGCUGUUAAUGUAGAAUAAAUGAUGCAGGAGGGCAGGAAUAAAGGAAGUAAUAGGACUUUUGUAUUCUCCUAUCAUGAAGAUGACUUGCAUUUCUAAAGGCCAUUUGAUCCUUUUUGUGUGAGGAGUUUAUAUGAAAUCCUCAUGUUCUUUUAAAUUUCCUAACUAAAUUGUGUGUUCCUAUGAAUACACACAUACACAGAGCAUCUUAUUUCAUAUUGGUGAAAUCUAUGUUGUUUAGGAUAUAGAUAAUGACAUUGUACUUAUCAGAAUAGUCUUUUUCUCUAUUCAAAAUAGAUGCUAUUGGCUUUAUUUUUUUAUUUUUUAAUUUUGUUUAAACAAGGUGUCACCAUGUUGCCCAGGCUGGUCUCAAACUCCUGGAUGCAAGCAAUCAUCUCGCCUCCAUCACCCAAAGUGCUGGGAUUACAGGCAUAGGACACCAUGCCCAGCCACACUGUUGUUUUUAAAUGUCGGUUUUCUUUAAGAAUUCUCAUAGUACUUUUCUGCUUCAGAGUUUAUAGCACAUCCAUCCAUCCUUUCAGUAGGCACUCAUGGAAAUUAAGUCCAUGCUCAAGUUCUGUUCUGAUUAGUCUCAUGAUUUUUCAGAACCCCUUUUGCUAAUCCCUCUUGGCCAUUUUAUUAAUAAUGUAUUUGACAGAGAUUGAAUCAGGAAACGUGACAUUUCAGUUAACUAGUAUUACCUGUUUGUAGAAUCUCUGUUGGAACAUCGACUAUGAAAGACAGUGCUAACAGGUAAUUCAAUUACGUUUGGGGAAUUAAUGUAAAGUAACAUCCAUGCUAUUCUUGGUUUGCCAAGAGUUACAGACCUUAUUCUGUGCAGACUAAACCAUUAGUCAAAAAAUACCGUUCAUUCAAAAAUAAUUUAUUAGUGUCUUCCUACCCUGUUCCAAACAGUAGGCUGAGUUCAGAGGCCUCACAGAAUAAUGAAAUGCGUUCUUAGCCAAAUCAGGCAAAUCUCCCUCACUAUGUCCCUGAAGAAAUCUCUUCAUCUGAUAUAUUUACUAUUCAUCUACUUUGUAUAGCACUAUGUUAGGGUCUUCUGGGGAUUCAGAGAAAAAUGUCUGGGAGCCAUUAAGGAACUCAGAUCAGGUAAUAAACACUUUUUCUAAU